AUGACUGCCAAGGAGCUGCCGAGCCUACGCUGGGGUGUGAUCGGCUGUGGCCUCAUCUCUACGUGGUUCGUCAGCGAUCUGGUGUUGUCGCGCUCAGAUGCUGCCGCAAACCACACAAUUGCAGCUGUCGGUUCCUCUUCGCUCGGAAAAGGCAACAAGUUCGCCUCGGAAAAUUGUCCUUCACAGUCGCCCGCGGUAUACGACUCCUAUGCUGGCGUCUAUAACGAUCCUAACGUCGACAUUGUCUACAUCGGGACCCCUCACCCUCUCCACCACAAGAAUGUUCUGGACGCCGUCGCAGCGGGCAAGCAUGUAUUGUGCGAAAAGCCCAUGGCGAUGAAUGCCCAACAAGGGCAGGAGAUGGCCGAAGCCGCGCGGGAGAAGGGCGUAUUUCUGAUGGAAGCCAUGUGGACGCGCUUCUUCCCAAUCACCAAAGAGCUGCAACGUCUGGUCCACGAAGAAAAGACUAUUGGCGACGUGGCAGCCGUGUGGGCGGACUUUGGCAUCUAUAUGCCGACCAAAGGCCGCAACCCUGCCUCUAGGACAGUGUCGAAGAAGUUAGGCGCCGGAGCGCUUCUUGAUGUCGGCAUCUAUUCGCUGACGUGGGCGUCGCUGUUGCUGGAUACGGUUCCCGGCACGACUCCAGACAUCAGCGCCAACAUGAUAUUCUCCGACCACGAGCAGCCAGAUGAUCGAGUUGACGAACAGACCGCCAUUGUACUGCGAUACCCGGAGCAGAGGGCACAAGCGAUCUGCACCGCGUCGCUGCUGUACAAGACGUCGGAAAUAUUUGCGCGCAUCCAAGGUUCGAAAGGCACAAUCUCGGUUGGAGGAGUCGCGGCAUCGAAGCCCGGGUUUUUGGUCGUGACGGCUAAAGAUGGUGUGGAAAGGAAGAUGGAAUUCCCGGUGGAAGGGAAGGGGUUCUACUACGAGGCUGACGCCGUGGCUCGGGAUCUCCAAGCAGGAAGGCUGGAAAACGCCACGUGCCCUUUGCAUACGACGCAGAAUAUGCUGUCUCGGAUGGACAGCAUCAUGGCGUCGUGUGGACUAUCAUACCAGAGCUGA